GUGGCAGUCAGCAUGCUGUCCAGCAGAGGGCGCUGUGGAGUCUGGAGCUGUACUUCUAUCUGAUCCUAUUUAACUACUAUCUGCAUGAACAGUUUCAGUCGAUGGCUGUGCACCCAUCCUGAGCUGUAUCGUCUGCUGGUGGCGCUGAAUUCGGUGGGGCCCUUGGUUCCCGGGGACCUCAUCGCCAAGGGCUCCCUGGAAGCAGAUGACCUGGUUUCCCUGGAUGCUCUCAGCACCAUCAGAGAGAUGGACGUAGCCAACUUCCGGCGUGUACCACGCAUGCCUAUUUAUGGCACCGCCCAGCCCAGUGCCAAGGCCCUAGGCAACAUCCUGGCCUACCUGUCUGACGCCAAGAGGAAGCUGCGCCAGGUGGUCUGGAUCAACCUGAGGGAGGAGGUUGUGUUGGAGUGUGAUGGUCACAUGCACAGCCUGUGGCCCCCGGGACCCGCGCUGGCCCCCGAGCAGCUGGAGGCUCUGGAGGCCCAGCUGAAGGCCCACCUGAGCGUCCCUGUCCUCAUCACCAAGAGCCCUGCCACCCCCAGGUUCCAGAAGUGCCUGACCACACAGGAGGUCUUCAGCCAGCACCAGGGGGCCAGCCUUGGCCUUACCUACUGCCGCAUUCCCGUGCCGGACUUCUGCGCCCCUCGGGAGGAGGACUUUGAGCGGCUGCUUGAGGCCAUGCGAGCUGCUCUCUCCAAGGACCCAGGCACAGGCUUUGUCUUCAGCUGCCUCAACGGCCAGGGCCGGACCACAACGGCCAUGGUGGUGGCCGUGCUGGCCUGCUGGCACAUUGGGGGCUGUCCCGAGGUGGGUGAGGAGGAGCUAGUGAGUGUGCCGGAUGCCAAAUUCACCAAGGGCGAGUUUCAGGUGGUGAUGAAGGUGGUACAGCUGCUCCCCGAUGGCCACCACGUGAAGAAGGAGGUGGAUGCGGCGCUGGACACCGUCAGCGAGACCAUGACACCAAUGCACUACCACCUUCGGGAGAUCAUCAUCUCCACCUACCGACAGGCAAAGGCCACCAAAGAGACACAGGAGGCUCAGAGGUUGCACCUGCGGAGCCUGCAAUACCUGGAGCGCUACAUCUACCUGAUCCUCUUUAACGCCUACCUUCGCCUGGAGAAGGCCAGCUCCUGGCAGAGGCCUUUCAGCACCUGGAUGCAGGAGGUGGCAACCAGAGCUGGCAUCUACGAGAUCCUCAACCAGCUGGGCUUCCCCGAGCUGGAGAGCAUGGAUGACCAGCCCCUGUCACGGCUCCGCUACCGAUGGCAGGAGCAAAGUCGAGACCCGGAGCCCUGCGACCUUGGGGACUUCCUGUAGGCCCCCUUGCUCUUGCUAGGCAGGCUGGGGAGGGGGGACCUGAGGGUCUCAUUGCUUCUGAUGGACACUUGCCAGCUUCCUGGUGAGACUUGAGGGGCUGAGAGCUUUCGGAAAGAGGGUUUUUUUGGUAAUCCUACCAAUAUAUACAUUGAAUAUAUAGACAGCACUGCCAUUUUCUGUCAAUCCUUGGGGUGUGUAAUGUCUUCUCGUAAGGCCCAGUGCGUGUACCUCACAGACCAGCUGGCAAACAACCUUCAGGGAGCUCACUCCCCAAGCAGCCAGUCACCACCUCUGUCCCCUCUUCACCGUUGGUCAUCAGACUGCCUGGGCAGGC